AUGGCUGCUGUCAUUAAUAUCGUCUCUUCCCUGUUGUUUGUGGGGGUGGCUUUAAUUAGCAGGAGCAAUGGUGAAGUGGGUGGUGGUGGUUGGCUAAAUGGGCAUGCAACUUUCUACGGAGCCAAUCAAAGCCCUGCCACUCUUGGAGGAGCUUGUGGGUAUGACAACACCAUGCAUGCUGGGUUUGGAGUGAACACAGCAGCGGUGAGCAGCGCAUUGUUCAGAGGGGGAGAGGCAUGCUGCGCUUGCUACCAAGUGAUGUGCAACUAUAGAGUGGAUCCCAAAUGGUGCCACCGGCGCGCGGUGGUUACCAUAACAGCCACUAACUUCUGCCCUCCAAACAACAACGGGGGUUGGUGCAAUCCUCCUCUUCAACACUUGGACAUGUCCAUGCCUGCUUUCCUUCGCAUCGCACGCCUAGGCAACGAAGGCAUUGUUCCUGUCCUUUACCGAAGGGUGGCAUGCAAAAGGAGGGGGGGAGUAUAUUUCACGUUGAAGGGGCAAUCAAAUUUUAACAUGGUGAUGAUAUCCAACGUGGGUGGGAGCGGCGACGUGAAGGCUGCAUGGGUCAAACUGGGUUCCAGAAUGAAGAGAUCUUCAUCUGCAGCUGCAGCAGCAGCAUGGGUGGCCAUGCAUAGGAACUGGGGUGCUAACUGGCAAAGCAGCAUGGAUCUUCGAAAUCAGAAUUUGUCUUUCAAGCUCACUCUGAUCGAUGGAAAAACACUUGAAUUUUUCAAUGUUGUUCCUUCCACAUGGAGAUUUGGCCAAACUUACACUUCUCAGACCCAGUUCUUCUGA